UGAGUCGCGACGUGAGACAGCGGGGCCGUUGUUCACACCACCUCCGAUCUUCUUCAAAAGGCGAUUUGCAGGUCAUUUGAUCCUCAAAUGGUGGAUUCCCCAAUUCCCCAAUGUUUCUAAUAACCUCUCACCUCCUCAAAACCCCUCUCUCUUUCCCCCCUCCCAUUUCCUUCUCUUCCAAAUGUCGUUUCGCUUCUUCUGUUUCCUCCCCUCGCCCCCUCUUCGCUAGGGUCUCCCGCUGCUCUCUCUCCACCAACACCACCAUGGAUUCCGCUGCUGAUGCUUCCAUGGAUGCCGUCCAGCGGCGCCUUAUGUUCGAUGACGAAUGCAUUUUGGUGGAUGAAAGUGAUAAUAUUGUUGGUCACGAUUCUAAAUAUAAUUGUCACUUGAUGGAUAAUAUUGAGUCAAACAAAGCACUCCAUAGAGCCUUCAGUGUCUUCUUAUUUAACAAUAAAUUUGAGUUGCUUCUUCAGCAACGUUCUGCGACAAAAGUAACAUUCCCUCUUGUUUGGACGAACACCUGCUGCAGCCAUCCAUUGUACAGAGAAUCAGAGCUUAUUGAGGAGGAUGCACUUGGAGUAAGGAAUGCUGCACAGAGAAAACUUUUUGAUGAACUUGGCAUUGCUGCUGAAGACGUACCAGUCGAUCAAUUCACAUCCAUUGGUCGCAUUCUCUAUAAGGCUCCAUCUGAUGGAAAAUGGGGAGAGCAUGAGCUCGAUUAUCUCCUAUUCGUUGUUCGGAAUGUCCAUGUGAAUCCAAACCCAGACGAAGUGGCGGAUAUCAAAUAUGUGAACCAGGAACAGUUGAAAGAACUGGUGAGGAAAGCAGAUUCUGGAGAGGGUGGACUGAAGCUCUCACCUUGGUUCAGGCUAGUUGUGAACAGCUUCUUGUAUAAAUGGUGGGAUCAUCUUCAGAAAGGAACUCUCAAUGAAGUUGUUGACAUGAAAACCAUUCACAAGCUUACCUGAAACCAUUCACUGUGUGUGGUUAUUAUGCUUUAGGAACAAAGAUGAGUUCAAUAAUUGGGAUAUCGACACAGGUAGACUAUUUAUGUAACAUUUUUCUUACCAAAAUGCUUGAAAUUUUAGAAAUUCAUAGACUUUGGUCCACAAGUGACCUGAAUUUACGAUCAUACGCGACUUGAUCU